AUGGAUAAUCCAGAUGGCUAUAAAAAGGCUGUUGACCUUUGGUCGCUCGGCUGUGUCAUGGCAGUAAUACUAGUCGGGUAUGCACCAUUCGACGACCCCUACAAAGACUUGAACCCCGAGAUGAAAAAUCUGGAGAAAGAUCUGAAGAAUCUAGGAAUUAGCAUGCGACCAAGAGGCUUCUUAUCUAGUCUCCUAAUUCCAGAUGAGCAGCUGCGCAUGGAUACCAAGGAGGCGCUCAGCCACCCAUGGCUUGCCGCACCAUCACAGGAACGCAGACUGGAAGCAAUAUACCAGAAUAUGCUACUUGAAUGGGAGCCGAAAGACAGCAACAGGUCCGUGGUUGUUGAUAUCGAUAAUAUAGACGGCGAUGACGUUCGUGUGGCGUCCAUAAGCAGCACUCCCGAAUCCGAGCAAACAAUCACCCCUCCUGCUUGCCGUCUUCAGUCCAUCGACCAUGUUUCCGAGACUUCAUUGGAUGGGACUAUUGUCCAGCAUAAUGUGCAAUUGCAAUCUCCGAUCUCAUUGAGUAGUCCCGCCAACUGCAACGACCCUAACCCAGCACCCGAACAACCGAAGACUCAAACAAACAUGAAGCCUCCCGUUGCUGUCCCCCAAGCGACACACAAGCUUAUCAUUUCUCCAGGCCAGGUUGCAACCAUUGAGAAGAUAUCAACGGAAAUGCCGAACCCUACUGGCACACCUAAUCUCCCAGCACCACCCUGCCAGCCCCAGAGAAGUGCCCGCACUCGACUACCCAUCAUCCGGCGUGCUCGUCCAUCUGCAGGAGAUAUUGCUCGCCCAUACGAAACGCCAGCUACAUUGAAAAGGUGGAUAUAUGACAUACCACGCGACGAGAACGAAACAGAAGUGUACGAAGAAGUGUGUAGACCUGUCACCGGCAAGCGCAAGCGACUCAUUUACGGCCAAUAUGAGGAAACAGUGAAGAAAUUGCUUGCAUAA